AUUAUUACAUGGUUUAUUAACUAACUUAAAAAAACUAAAACAACCUUUUAAUAACUCUUUUCAUCUGCUAUUGUUUCGCUUUCAUUGCAGUGUGAAUCAAAAGGUAUAAUUUACAUAUUUAACAUUAAAUUUUUUCAUAAUGAAUCCGGUUCCGUUUGAAAAUUGCCCGUAUCUGACCGUUGGGUCUAUUCCUACCAUCGAGUCCAUCUUGGAAACGUCACAUGCAGGUGUUCGCUGAUUGGUCAUGUGCCAACCUGUUCGAAAAGGUAAUUGGCUCACCUGCUCGCACCCACUUCCUGCUUUUACCUUCUCUCAGUCGCCAGUCGCUGUAAUGUUUCAAAGCCGAGGUCUGACACAACCGCGGAGGUUUGUUUUAAACCCACUAGGCCCGAAAUGAAAGAAGUUCAAAUGUUGCUCAAGACGUCGAAUCUUUAGCAGCUGAACACAGUCGUCCUGCGAAGACCUCCCCUCUCGUCCUGUUCCCUAUGCCAUGCCCAGGAGUGACCUGCGGACAGGCAACAUUGCCAUGGAGUCCUUGAGCAACAAUGACAGUGCCGGAAGCUGCGAAAGUGUAAUCAGCGUGAACUCUGCCUUCAGUGAGGACAGUAUGGAGCACUUAUCUGCAGAGGAGAGAGCGUGUCUCAUGUAUUUGGAGGAAACCAUCGAAGCUCUGGAGGUGCAAGAGGACAGUGGUUUUUCCAACGAUGAACCAGAUUGGUCAGGAAAAACAGACUUUUCCAAUUCCAUGUCAGCGUCUGAUAGAGAUGAGCAUCAAACUUUGAACCACACCACUAAAAUAGAGACUCACCUUGUUUCUGAAACCAACACACAUCUCCCCUCAUCAUCCGAGAAGGGAACUCAACCUCAACCCGUUACCGAUGAAUCAGUUCCAUCAGCCUCUCCGUCGAGAGUGCUUUGUGUAACUACGGAUGCAUCUGGUCAUCCUAAGAUCAUCGCAAGUACCAGUCUUCACUCAGCUCAGCCUGUUGAGCCCUCCGAAAAUAAUUUGGUUUUGAUCCCUCCACCCUCGGAUUUUAUGGACAAGCCAAAUCCUCGUGCAGACCAAGGUGGAAUCAAAAACUCAGGUCCAUCCACCAACCCUUCGGGUGCAGCUGUUGACCUAGAACAGCUACGUCAGAGAGCCCGUGUGGGGAAAACGUCAGAGAGUUCUUCUGUGUUUCAGGAAAGCUCGACUCUGUCUGAAGUGCCUUCCUGUGUGAGUGCAUCUCCUGCAAUUUACCUCCCACCAGAGGCCCCUCAUGUGAUCCCCGAUGACUUAAGGAGUCCACUUCCAGAACACAUGGAACCUAAGAGUCCACCUGCUGUGGCUCCUAAGCCUAAGAAACAUCCUGCUAACAUCAUUCGGAAGUCACCUAACACAUCAGGUGCCGGCACUGACAGCAACUUGGGUCAUUUUGUGCCGUCAGAACAGGAGAGAGUCCACAUGGAGGCACUGCGAAAGCUGGGUCUCUUAAAAGGUGACGAGACGGAUUCAAGUCCUGUCCAGAGCCCCAAAGGUUCUCAUAAAACUAGAAGCUCUUGGGGAGCGCCUCCUUCUCCGGUCAGUCCAGCAACUCCUCGUACACCGAGCUUCAAUCGACCUCCUGUGUCUGUCCCUGCACUCUCUCCUCCUGUUGACGCCGCAUCGGUUAAUGCCAAAGUUUCAGAAAUUCUUCCAGUUCCUGCCGCGUUCAGUGACCCCAUUGGGCAAGAAGAAGCAGCUGCUAAGGAUGUUUUAGAUGUCAGUCCAAACCAGAAGACUCCUGGACCUCAUCUUCCAUCACCCUCCAUGACCAGACACCCAGCUCCACCCAAUACCACAGGUGUUAAAUCAGCCACCCUGGAGCGCUCAGGCCCAGGUCUAAGCAGCUUAAUGGCAGGCCAAGACUUUAAUCUGGCAAGUCAGCUGCGUAAGAGUCGGCCAAGGCCCGCCUCUCUGGGGAGUGGGAAAGAAUUUACAAGCACUCAAGGAAAGGAUGUACAGGCAGCCCCUGCCAGCAGUCCGCAGCCAGAUUCACGGAGGUCCGUGCAUGACUACUCAGCCCUCCAGCGCUCUCAGAAGCUGCCUCGCUCUGAGGGCGUCAGUGUACUGAUCUGCCCGCGGUCGGACAACGAAGAGGCCCGACGCAAGGCACUGAAGAAGCUGGGGCUGCUCAGAGACUGAUACAUCACACUCAGGUCAGUGUCUCAGAAUACUGGGGCUCCAGGAUGGUCAGCCACAGUGCACUGUAAAAGCAGCUUCAAACGCCAGGUACUCUAUGGACACAAGGUGUCAGUGCACGUCACUGCUCGUCAUCUUCGCUCUUCACCUCAUUGGCCAAGAAGUGCCAAAGGGAAUUCCUAUAAUAAACUGUUGGCAGAGGUUUUAUUUACUUGGUGCGUAGCCAGAAGUGAAUCAAGAAAUAUCACCCUUUGUGAUAGUGAAUCUCAAACUAUGGUGAUGAUUGAUUGAUUUGAACUUUAUUGAUCCCAAAGUUAGGAAGUUCUUGUGUUAUCAGCAGAUUGGCUACCUACAAUGUGGUUCCUCUCGGAAUCGAACCCAGGACUCUGCUCUCUGCUUCCGAGGCAUGAGUGCUAACCGCUAUACUACGGAACCGACAAUGAUGGUACUCGUACCACAGUUGGCACUUUGACUCCCCCUACUGAGUAGUGUGUUUGCAUUCAGUGUCAGAUUUAAUUUUUAGCGUCAGUGGUAUUUCUAACUUAUUGGACAGUGUAGCUUCAGCUGGUAAAUAAAUACAACUAUUUUUUUUAAUGAAUAAAUCUCUUCUCUGUAGUGUGCUUAGCUAAAUUGUGUGGGCCUGUGCUGCUGUGGUUUAAUGUUUAAAGCCAAAUCUUUCUUGAGGUGUACACAGUGUAGGAAGGUUGAGAACCAGUGUUUUAGAAUAAUCUUUUUAUACCCAGGAUCAAGGACUAGCCUGCUAUUAAUCCAACUCACUUCAACUGACUCACAUCAACAGUGAGAUAAAAACGAUGACCAACUUCCCUUAUAAUGGUUGAUAAGGGAGGUAAAUCAUUUACCUGUCAAAUACCAAACCUCUGAGUGAAUGUUGACUCUGAGGGCAGACGUCACAGCUGCUUCAGUUGUGUCACACAAAGAAAAAGGAAAGACUCAAAGGUCCAGACUAAAGUCAUGGUUGAAAACAUUCUGGUCUUUUCCACUCUGCUCUAUGAAGCUGAAGCUGACUUUGGAAUAUUUCUACCGUAGAAACUGAGAACCAUCAGCUGACGUCUGGGUCAGCUGUGAGUCACGUCACAACAACACCAGACUUUUGCUCUAGCCUGUUGGACACAUGACUUCCCAGACAUUCCCUUUUCACGGCCUUCAUCAGGAAGGAAAGCAGACGGAAGAUAUUAUUUGAGAACAAUGUUGAAACAAAUCUCGAACUGUUUUAUAAACAGCAGGUGCACUGAAGGACACCUUCAGAUUGAAGAGACGUCAGGAUUUGUACAAGAAAAAUAACCCCCUGACCUCCUUCUUCUGUCAGCUCCAACUCUCUUCAGCCAUUAUUUCCAUUCUACUUUCGAAAGCACUGCAGAUCUUUUCAAGGAGCAAAGUAACCACGUAUUUAUCCAUUUCCUGUUUUGCUUCUCUGGUUAACAAGAGCCUUCCUGUCAAACUCCAUCACUGAUGCUGCUGACAGGCACUGAUCCUGCGAUGUCACUUCAAGUGUGUGCUGUUAUCUUAUGAGCCACAUAUGAACUUUUGACAUCGCUGUCUGUUCUUUUUUUUUCCCCCACUCAGCCUUCCUCUUUGGUUAUUUUUGCCUUUUCUCAACCUUGAAUACCUUUAAUUCCUUAAAUUCACUUUAAUUUCUGGACGUGUUUUUGCAGGUUAUGGCUAUUAAACAUAAAACAUUGUUUUUGAUUAGAUGCAGGUAAAUCGUGUUGUUUAUAUAAAUUUAUUAAUAAAAAAAUGCCAUAUACUUCCUGUAACCUAA